UACAUUUGUAUCCACAAAAGAAAAAAGAGAGCCAAUUAAGCAGAAAGUGCUCGACCUACCCAUCAGAGUCUGAUUCUUCAACCUCAACAUCCAAAUUUCUUUCCUUCAUCUAAUCUCAUAGCAGCAACAGUCGAUCCCAAGAACUUCUUCCGAUUCAAUUCCAUCCAACUUUUAGAUACAUAUGGCUCAUGAAACUGAUGAAGGUAUCAUCUAUGAAGAGGAAUUCAUAGUGAAUGCAAGGGGGAUGAAGCUUUUCACAUGCAGAUGGGUGCCUGCAGAGAGCGAGGCAAAAGCUUUGAUCUUGCUGUGCCAUGGGUAUGGCAUGGAGUGCAGUCUCUCAAUGAGAGGUGCUGCGACGAGGCUGGCAAAGGCAGGGUAUGGGGUGUAUGGGAUGGACUAUGAAGGACAUGGGAAAUCAUCAGGCCUUCAGGGCUUCGUCCCCUGCUUUGAUGAUGUUGUUUCUGACUGCUCUCAUCACUACACAUACAUCUGCGAGAGGGAGGAGAAUAGGAACAAGUUGAGGAUCCUGAUGGGGGAAUCCAUGGGAGGAGCGGUGGCUCUGCUGUUGCAGAGGAAGACGCCUCACUUCUGGGAUGGUGCCAUUUUGGUUGCACCUAUGUGUAAGAUAGCAGAUGAUAUGAGGCCACACCCAUUGGUGAUAAACGUGCUGAGAAAGCUGAGCCGUGUGAUUCCAACCUGGAAAAUCAUACCCACUCCUGAUGUCAUUGAUGCUGCCUUCAGAGAUCCCCGUGUCAGGGAGCAGAUUCGAUCAAAUCCUUACUGCUACAAAGGCCGACCUCGACUGCUUACCGGCUAUCAGCUUUUGACCGUGAGCAUGGAUCUGGAGCAAAGGCUUGAAGAGGUCUCGUUGCCAUUUCUGGUAUUGCACGGGGGAAAGGACAAGGUGACGGAUCCGGCGGUGAGCAAGCUUCUGUACGACUCGGCUCGCACGAGCAGUAGAGACAAGACCUUGAAGCUGUACCCAGAAAUGUGGCAUUCCCUGUCCUACGGCGAGCUUCCCCACAACAUCGACACGGUGUUUUCCGACAUAUUUGAAUGGUUGGACGAGAGACUGGCAUUGUCCUCGUCCGACAACUUGGAGCGGCAGCUCAAGCUUGAAAAUGAUAAUGAUGCCUGCAAGCGCUGACCACACCCACGCGUUUUAAUUUUGGUGUAUUUCAUGAUUCAUUCAUCUGAUUUAAAUUAUAUAUAUCCUUAGUGUUUACACGUUAAUUAUUACUUUUUGUACAAUUUAACUCAUAUAGAGAAUCGUACCUUUUCGUAUUCAUAUGAUUUGAAUGCAUUGUAAAAUUUGUACAAUGCAUUCAAGCUUGCAUCAUCAGAACAAAACACGGGGAAA